AUGAAAAAUAAGAAUAAUUUAGAUUAAAAUUAUAAAGACAAAUUCAAAAAAGAUAAUUAAAGAAUUGAAUAACAAAUAACAAAAUCACUUUAGCUUUAAAAAAAAUAAUUAAAGCUAAUUGAAAUUCUUAAAAGAUAGUGA